CGGCCGGAGCAGCACCGAGCGGUGCCGCGCGGCGGGGCGCGAAGAGCGGUGGCGGCAGAGCCAGAGCAAUAUGGCGCCGGUGGGCGGGGGCGAGCACCCGAGCGGCGAGCUGGCCCGAGGGCGCCUCCUCCUGGCAGCGCUGGUGCUGCUGGUGCUGCUGUGGGCGCAGGGGGCCCGGGGCGAGGGCAGACCCCAGCCGGGCGCGAUCUUCGGCAUGAGGCUGGCGAGCUGCAACAAGUCGUGUGGGAUGAACCCGGAUGGCAUCAUCUUCGUGUCCGAGGGCAGCACCGUGAACCUGAGGCUGUAUGGCCAGAGCCUGGGCAACAUCUCUAGCAACCUGAUCUCAUUCACCGAGGUGGACAAUGCGGAGACCGCCCACAAGUCCACCAACUGCCUCGAGCUCACCAAGGACCUGGUCGUCCAGCAGCUGGUCAAUGUGAGCCGCGGGAACACGUCCGGCGUGCUGGUGGUGUUAACCAAGUUCCUCCGGAGGAGCGAGAACAUGAAGCUGUAUGCACUGUGCACCCGGUCCCAGGAAGAUGGGCCCUGGCUGAAGUGGACAGACAAGGACUCGCUGCUCUUUAUGGUGGAGGAGGCUGGAAGGUUCCUGCCCCUCUGGCUGCACUUAGUACUCAUUAUCGUGCUGCUGGUGUUGUCGGGCAUAUUCUCUGGCCUCAAUCUGGGGCUUAUGGCCCUGGACCCCAUGGAGCUCCGCAUUGUGCAGAACUGUGGCACAGAGAAGGAGAGAAAGUAUGCCCGCAAGAUUGAGCCUAUCCGCCGCAAGGGCAACUACUUGCUCUGCUCACUGCUCCUGGGGAACGUGCUGGUCAACACCUCUCUCACCAUCCUUCUAGACAACCUCAUUGGGUCUGGCAUCAUGGCAGUGGCCUCCUCCACCAUUGGCAUUGUCAUAUUUGGGGAGAUUGUACCUCAGGCACUGUGCUCCCGGCAUGGUCUGGCUGUAGGUGCCAACACCAUUGUUCUCACCAAAUUCUUUAUGCUACUCACCUUUCCCCUCAGUUUUCCUAUCAGCAAGCUCUUGGACUUUUUUCUGGGCCAGGAGAUUCAUACUGUUUACAAUCGGGAGAAGCUGAUGGAGAUGUUGAAGGUGACAGAGCCCUAUAAUGACCUCGUAAAAGAGGAGCUAAACAUGAUCCAGGGUGCUCUGGAACUACGAACCAAAACCGUGGAGGAUAUCAUGACCCAGCUCCAAGACUGUUUCAUGAUCCCUAGCGAUGCCAUCCUGGAUUUCAACACAAUGUCAGAGAUUAUGGAAAGCGGCUACACCCGCAUCCCAGUGUAUGAAGAUGAGCAAUCCAAUAUCGUAGAUAUUCUCUAUGUCAAAGACUUGGCCUUCGUGGACCCUGAUGACUGCACCCCCCUCAAGACCAUCACCCGCUUCUAUAACCAUCCAGUGCACUUUGUCUUCCAUGACACCAAGUUGGAUGCCAUGCUGGAGGAGUUCAAGAAGGGGAAGUCCCACCUGGCAAUUGUGCAGAAGGUGAACAAUGAGGGCGAGGGCGACCCCUUCUAUGAGGUCCUGGGCCUGGUCACCCUGGAGGAUGUCAUCGAGGAGAUCAUCAAGUCUGAGAUCCUGGACGAGUCGGACAGGUUCACUGACAACCGAAGCCGGAAACGGGUGGCUCAGAAGAACAAGCGGGACUUCUCAGCCUUCAAGGAUACUGACAGUGAACUCAAAGUGAAAAUUUCCCCUCAGCUCCUUCUGGCUGCUCAUCGCUUCCUGGCCACAGAGGUCCCCCAGUUUAGCCCCUCUCUGAUAUCAGAGAAAAUCCUACUGCGGCUGCUCAAGUACCCAGAUGUCAUUCAGGAACUCAAAUUUGAUGAGCACAACAAGUACCUCGCCCUCCAUUACCUGUACACCCGAAAUAAGCCUGCUGACUACUUCAUCCUCAUCCUGCAGGGGAAGGUGGAGGUGGAGGCAGGGAAGGAGAACAUGAAGUUUGAGACGGGCGCCUUCUCCUACUACGGGACCAUGGCCCUGACCUCUGUCUCCUCUGUGCCUUCAACCCAGGCCGGGUGUCCGCCUGGCAAGCGGAACUCCCUGCUUUCCUGGCUCACAGACCGCUCCCCAGCCCACCCUGCCCCACUCAGUCGCUCAGCCUCCCUCAGUUACCCAGACCGCACAGAUGUCUCGCCCUCGACAGCCUUGGCAGGGAGCAGCAACCAGUUUGGCAGCUCCAUCCUGGGCCAGUACAUUUCUGACUUCAGUGUGCGCGCGCUCAUGGACCUGCAGUACAUCAAGAUCACACGGCAGCAGUACCAGAAUGGACUGCUGGCUUCACGCUUGGAGAACAGCCCUCAGUUUCCCUUGGAUGGGUGCACCGUGCUCACGGAGAACUGUGCUGAGAAGCCUGAGUUGCUUGUAGUGGAUGAGACCACAACUCUUCUCAACGAGCGUAACUCCUUGCUACACAAAGCCUCCCACGAGAGUGCCAUCUGACAGGAGGGCCCGGGGCCCCCCGCCCACCCUGCGGGGGCUUCCCCAGUGGGCCCACAUGAAGAGAGGGAGCAUGUUAGGCCAGAAAGGAUACAGAUAGAUGGCCUGUCUGACUGAGCAGCCAGAUGGCCCCUAUCUGUGGGGAUCUGGCCUCCGACAGGAACCUGUGAACUGCUCUAAGGUGGUUCCUGCCCUGCCCUGGAUUGCCGGGGCAGUGGGCCAGCUACCACGAGCAAAGGCUGUUUUUUACUGAGAGAAUUUCUAAACUUGGCUCAUUACUCCUCUUUUUAAAUAUCAUUUUGGGAAGGGAAGACGGGGUUAAGGAACUUUAUUUUAGAAAUUUUUUUUUUCCAAAAACUUUAAAAGGGGAAGGGUCUUUCACCCUGGGAAGCAAUAGCCAUAAUCUGCUCCCAGCCAUGACCUUCCGACUUGUGUCCCUGACUCAAGAAGCUUACCCUUCCUCCUCCUCCUCCUCCAGAGGUGAGAUUUCAGAGCCUGCUAGAGGAGGGUUGUGUCUUGGGAGGAAUACGGCUCUUCCUAGGAAGCAAAUAACCAAACGGAAUUGAGAUCAGCUGCCUGGACACGUGUGCUACAACUUAUCUGACAUCACUGAGGCCACGGGCUUCUGGGUAACUAUGAUGAGGGACAUGAUAAUCCCAACUACAGAGAAGCUGCUGUCAACUGCUGGACCCAGGAAUCUCCCAGAACUCUGCCAACGGUUUCUCCUGGUGAGUUAGGACUUGGCUGAGGACUCUCCCUUUUAUCUCCCAUCUGCCCCUUUGAACAAGUACCCCUUGUAAUGGGGCUCAGAGUGUUAGGCAGGGUCUUAGACCUUUACGAUCACUUGCCCUGGCUCCCCAGACCCUGCCCUCACUUUUACCAAAGGUUUCCCUCUCGGUGGGAGGGCGUCUUCUAUGUUAGAAAUGACUUGUCUGGGUUAUUCCUUUUGGUUCCAGGAGUGACUCUGGUCAUCGGCAUCUGCAUUGUUAGCAGUUAAUACCACCCCCACCCCACAAGGAAAGUCAAGGCUCAGUUGUUGAUCCAUGAAGCCCUUCUUUCCAGACUCCCUAUUUUUAAUCCCUAAACCCCAGUCCCUCAGAGGGUUGGGAACAAGAGGACAUAUUAUAAGCCACCUAAGCAAGUUCUUUAUGCCCUUUAUUCUGUGGCUGGCUGAAGCUCACUUGACCUUAUUUACCUAUUUAUGGAACCCCAGAAAAGGAGGGUUCUACCUCAAGGCAUGCAGCUGUAGCCCUGUUUUCCCACCUCUCAGUGAUCUAGUGUGAAAGGUCAUACCAGCCUUUGCUGAAGCUAGUGGUACUGUGCCGAUAGCUCUAUCCCCAUGUGAAAUCCCGCCCCAGCGCCUGUUCCCUGGAGCUGAAUGAGGCCCUACAGUAGGACCCAGGUCCAUAUUGGCCCUUCUAUUGCAUGCAACAGGAGCUGGACCAGAGAUUGAGGUGAAUGGGACACGGCAGGCCUUCUGCCUGAAUAUUGUUCAUUCACUCCUUUCCUCGCCAGUGAAGUCACCCCAAGUGCUCUGUUCUCCAGGUGCCUAGAGAAUCCUAAAUCUUGGGACCAGGGACUGUUUUGCACCAAGUAUGCCUACCCCUGGCUAGUCUGAGGUCUCUCUGAGUCACAGAAUUAACUCUUAGAAGUCUGGAGAAAAGGUGGUGAUUGAUGCCCUUGGGUUCUUAGCUAUAAGAAAAAAAGACACUAGACCUUUGUUCCCUGUUAAAGGAAAGCCCUUAGUUUUCUCCAGGACCAUCUUGCUCCUGAGUCCUUAUGAGAGCUGGCAGAACUGUGUUCCUUAGAGGCCUGGGUGCCAGGUGGAGCAGAAUGCAUUGGCCCAAACCAAGCAAGUGUGUGUGAAGCAAGCAAAAGGGGCAAGUGCACACACUUCCACAGCUACCUCUUUGCACACACGGUUACUACCAACAGACCGUCCUUCCUCCCCCUUCCCUACCGAUAAUCACUUCUUACAGAGGUUCAUAAUUAUUUCCACAUAUUACCGGUCUGAUGACUUCCUCUCCUAGUGCAAUUUUUCACUUCCUAUUCCCAUGUCUGGUUCCCGGGAUGAGCCAUACCCUGGAACUGGCUCACCCCGUGUGUCUUCCCGUGAAGGGAGGCCUUUGCAAAUGGCAUCCAAAUGGGUAGGCAGGUCACAGCCGCCAUAGCAAAUAACUCAUAUUUAUUUUGCAUAAGAUUUUAAUUUGUAUAUUUUUGUGAUUUAUUUUGGCAUUGUUAUGAGUUUGACUCUCGGGGAGUUUUGUUGUUAUGACUCUUGUGUCUUUUGUCACAAAACAAUGAUAAUAUUUGCUAAACAAUAUAUGGAAUUUAUUUUUGAUUGGUAAUAAAAAACGAAAUAUGUAUAAA